CAGUAAGAAAAAAACGUGUGGUGAGAGAAACAGAGAAUUGAAAAGAAAUAUUUUUCCAAAAGCAUUACCGUAUUUCACUUGUUCUUCAUUUUCGGUAACCCAAAAUCGUCCCGAUUAUUCACCGAAACACAAAACCGAUUUCAUAUCUUUGAAGUUCGUUGAGUCCAGGUCACAAAUAUCCAAGGUUCAUUUCAUUCCGGCGUCGUUUCACCGAUCAAAAGCGACGUUGAAGUCAGGUACUCACGAAGGCAGCCAGCACUGCGUCGGUGACGGUUUCCAGCUUUCGGUCGAUCAUUUGGACGAUCAGAAGUUCAUCCUCUUCACACAAGGAAACAUGGAUUUUGGACGGAGAAGUGUGAAAAAGUACAAUCUCAUCAAUCCAAAGAUAGAUGAACUAAAGAAACUAGUUUCUUCGAUCGCAGAUCCUAUUGGUUUCAGAGACAGAUAUGGGGCACUUAUAUCUUUAUUGACACUUAGGAUGGAAGAAGGGUUAUUGCAGACAUUAGUACAGUUCUAUGAUCCAGUCUAUCACUGUGUCACAUUCCCAGACUAUCAACUCAUGCCUACAUUGGAAGAGUAUGCCCAGUUGCUUCACAUCCCAGUUGCUGAUACAGUACCUUUCUCUGGUUCAGAAAAGUUACCCGAGCACAGUUCUCUUGCAAAAGUGUUGUACAUGAAGAAGUCAGAAUUCAAGAAUAACUUCACCACCAAAGGAGGACUUCCAGGUUUCACUGCCAAGUUCUUAAUGGGGAAGGUUUCUUAUUUUGCCAGUCAAGGUUGUGAUAUUAUUGUGGAGCAUCUGUUCUCCUUGUUGAUCUACGGUUUGUUACUAUUUCCUAAUAUUGAAGGUUUUGUGGAUUCAUAUGCUAUACGCAUCUUCCUAAGUGGUAAUCCUGUUCCAACUUUGCUCGGAGACACCUAUCAUUCCAUCCAUUACCGUACUUUGAAAGGAGGAGGAACCAUAGUCUGCUGUAUACCGUUACUCUACAAAUGGUUUGUCUUUCAUCUUCCUAAGUCAGCUACUUUUUGGGAUUGCAAGUAAGGACUUCAGUGGUCACAGAGGA